CACAUCGCGAGCGAGAAACGAGCGUCCCUCGAUUUCUGUUCCCCUUUCGAGCCACGAAACGGCGCUUAAACGAGGGUAAGGUCCUCGAGCAUCCUUUCACUUUGUUACGCUUCGUUCGACAAUCAGAUUUUAACGGUUUUCAUCGACCAGAGACAGGGAAAGUUAUUGAUUCUCAUUGUGAAUUACACUUCCCAGUGACAUUCGUUGCUCCUUUUACCCCCAGGGAUAAUAUACGUAUAAAUAAGAAGUUUCAUUUUUUUAUCAAACGAGCAAGAUGAAGGUGGGAUUGAUGAAGAAAUUCCACUGUUUCACUUUGAAACAAGGCACAGCGUUUAUAGCCGUGUGUCAAUUGUUUGUGUCUGUGUUCGGUAUGAUAUUUUUGGUUCUGGCAUUGGCCCAUGCCAUGGUCAUCCAAGAAAUGGUGGUCAGAGAUACGGAAGAUGCUCUCGCGAGGGAAGCCCUGGAAGAUAUAUCAUCGAAUCAUCUUAACACGAAGAAAAUGGACAUGGCGCAUCAUAAUGCAACUGAAAUGGUUUACGCGAUAUAUUGCGGAUUAGUCGUUAUAGUGAUACAUUUUAUUUCCAGUAUUUUGCUUCUAUACGGCGCGCUGACGAACAAUCGUCACUUCAUGGCGCCGUGGUUGAUGGUGACGAUGACGAUAAUAUCAGCGUUCACGAUUUCCUUGUUCUUGGUAGAGCAAGACUGCCCCUUUAUCGCUACUCUUGGCGGUAAAGCAGGCAUCUAUGAACGUAUGUUCAUUCUCUGGCUAAUAUUCUCGAGUUCUUACGUAUGGUUUGUGGUAUACAGCGCUUACAAGAGCCUUGAAACAAAAAAAGGGCUGACCCAUAUACUUCACGGUGUGAAGAAAAAGACACCGCCAAUAUCGUCCAAAUCGCCCGUACCAGUCAUACAAAUAUCAAAAGCGGUUCAAACAUGCGCAAAUAAACCGUCCGAGGUUUAAAGAUACUAGAAAGGCGCAAAAGUAGCUACGAAAAAUCGGAUUUAUUCGUUACAACGGAUAAACUAGUCGAAGUUGAACAUGAAAAGAACGGAGGUUUUAACGAUGGCGAGAAGAUGGUAAUAUCAUGGUAGGAAAACACUGUGCGUGUUAUAUGACAUGGCGAAGAUGUUUCACUUUACAAAGCUCAAAAAACGAUCUGCAGUACAAAAUGCUUGCUUCAUAUAUUACGCAUGUUAUUUCUUGCUCGUGCAUAUUACAAUUAAUUGUUGACAAUUUGCGUUGUACAAUAACGAUACUUUGAAACCACACACUGAACAACAACGCACAGACUUACAAUUAUUCUUAAAUCUGUAAUGAUGAAACUGCAUAUCGAAAUACGACGACGCAUACAACCUAACAUAAUUUUCAAGUUCUCUUAUCGUCACGAUAAAUGUGAAUUCACUUAUGUUAACGACACUACAUUCAACUGUUUCAUUUUUCGUAUAGGCGACGAUAUUAUUCUCCUUCUGUAAGACUGAACCUUAAUUGUUAGAGCAUUUUAAGGUAACUCAUAGAUUACACGGAUAGUUAAAGAAAAAAAAAGA